AACAGCUGGCCACUGACUGCCAAAAAACAUUUCUAAAAAUUGUAGUUUUUUAUUUUGUUUAUGUGAUACUCAUAAAAUAAACUAAACCUACCAUGCGGAAGUAUGUUUUGUCUUUGCCACCUAUUAAUAAAUAAUUUAAUGCCUCGCAAAAUUGUUUUCAUUUCUGGCAAAUUACCAAUUGUUUAAUAGCAACAAGCUAUAAUAAUAAAAUUCUGCUAAACCAUAGUCGAGAGUAUAGAAAAUUCUUAAUUGUAUAUUAAAGGAAAAUGUACGAAGUAUCAUCGGAAAUUUAUAGUGAAACAGAUUUACAACAAACUAAAUGUGAAGAUGGAAGGCUUAUAUCAAAGUUUCAAUUUGAAUAUCCAAACGAUGAUGAAAUAUCUUCAACCAAAGACAAGGAUGGUGACUUCGAAGUUAAAAGAAAAAGAAUUGGAGUUAUUGAAAUUGAGCACUCUGGUUCCACAGUAUUGAAAUUAGUUGGACUGCAAGUUUGGCGAGGCGCUUUGCUUUUGGCUGAUUUCUUAUUAUAUAAUCGACAUAAUUUUGCCGACAAAAAUAUCCUCGAAGUCGGUGCUGGUGUUGGACUGACCAGUAUAGCAGCUGCGAUAUUUUGUAAAAAUGUUAUUUGUACAGACGUAGACAUUGGCGGAAUUUUACAACUAAUUCGUAAAAAUAUUGAUCGUAAUCGUAAGUUGCUCUCAAACGAUAUUAAGGUAAUGGAAUAUGACUUCAAAACAGUGGAAUAUGCACCACAACUGGCUAAUGCCAUAGAAAUGAGCGAUAUAAUUCUAGCUGCUGAUGUUAUUUAUGACGAUGAUUUGACUGAAUGUUUUGUCCGUGUUAUCGAUCGCAUUUUCUCAACAACAGACUCAAAACGAACAAAAUCAAUUUAUGUUACUUUGGAGAAACGUUUUGUUUUCACACUAGAUGAUCUAGAAACAUGUGCACCGUGCUAUGAAUAUUUCCUUAAAAUCGCUCAACCCAAACCAUGGCGAAUCGAGUACAUUCCAACUGAUUUUCCACAAUAUUUUAAAUAUGAAAGAAGUAAACAUCUUAUACUUUUUAAAAUAACAACAAAGUAAAAAAACACUUGUGAUCUUGAUUUAUAUUUAUUUUUGCAUAUAGAAUUAUACAAAACACGAUAUCAAAAACAAAUAUUUGUUUUCUUAUUUAUAUUUUAUGUUCGUUUUUAAUAAUAUUUUUGUGGUUAAAUAUUUAUGUAUAUUUUUGUUUGUUUUAUUUAAAGAUUACAUAUAAAGCGAUAUAACAUA